AUGUCAAAUUUGACAAAGCUGGAAUUCGUGGCCCUGGAUAUUUCUGGCAAAAAUUACUUAUCAUGGAUUCUGGAUGCUCAGAUCCAUUUGGAUGCCAUGGGCCUUGGAGACACAAUUAAAGAAAAGAAUGAUGCAUCAUUAUAUGAUCAUCAAAAAAUAGUUAUCCUCCCAAAGGCCAGGGUUGAUUGGCUGCAAUUGAGGUUGCAAGAUUUCAAAACUGUGGCUGAAUAUAACUCUGCCCUAUUCAAAAUCAGCUCUACAUUGAAAUUAUGUGAACAAAAUAAUGAACUUGUAUUGAGAAACCACCAGUCCCGUCCAACUGGAUCGACACCGAUCCCAGAAACAUAUGUUGCCUCAUCCCGUGGUCGUGGACGCGGACGUGGACGUGGUCGUGAUGGUAGAAAUGAAUAUGGUCGUGGCAAAAAUAACUACCACAAUAAUGAAUAUGGUCGUGGUAGAAAUCAUUCUUAUUAUCGUGAAGGAUAUCAAUCCUCACAUUUUCGCAAUCAGAGAUCCACACCAUAUCCUCAAAGGAAAGAUCAUAAUGAAAUGAGACAAGUAAAAGGGAAAGAUGUGGCUCAACCUUCCAAGGCUCAUGAUAAUACUUGCUAUCGGUGUGGCAUGACAGGGCAUUGGCAAAGUAUUUGUCGUACACCGAAGCAUCUGGCUGAUCUGUAUCAAGCCUCAAUAAAAGAAAAGGGAAAACAAAAGGAAAUGAAUUUCCUUGAUCAUGAUGAGCCAAUUGACACCACAAAUCUGGAAAUGAAUUUCAUUAAUCAUGAUGAGCCAGUUAACAUCACCAAUCUGGAUGUAUCAGAUUUUUUUGAUGAUCGUGAUGAAAGGACAGACUUCCUGAUUGGUGAUGGAAAUGUCCACACCAGUUAA